AAAGAACUUUGUUAAUAUAGAUAGAUCUACGAGGGUACCGAGGAAAGAAGGUGGACACCAAACGUGAGAUUCAGCUAUCAGAAGUUUCAUACAACCUCAUCCCUGCCCCUAUAAUGGAGUAGAUCAUGUGUUUUGUUAAAAUGUUUUUGAAAAAAUCAUUGGUAGCAAUGAAUUGUGCUCUGCCAAUUGCAACACUUGAUUUAAUUGAAUGUAUAUAUACUGUUUGACACACUUUUGUUCUAGCUUUACAAAAAAAAUAUAGAUAGUCUAGAUUUGAAUUUGGAGCCACAAGGCCAAGGGUGAUUUUCAAAUGUUUCUCACAAUAUUUGAGAUAGGGAAUAUAUUGAGUUUUUGAAGGGUUGUUUUUAUAUAGGGUCAUUGUGACAAAUAUGUGUAUAUUGUUUUUGAGAUAUACAGGGUGAUGAAAAAAGAAGAAUGUUGGGAUUUUAAGACUAAUUAUUAAAAUUUCAACACUUUAAAAUUUAUGAAGGAGCAAAUUUUGAAAAAGGAGCAAAUUUUGAAUCAGAAAGGCCCUUCGAUCGUGUGCUACUGCCAGUUGCAGUGUAAGGUUGUCAGAAACUUUCACGAGAAUUGUAUCUCAAUUUGGUUUAGAAUAUAAUAUCAGCAAUUCAGCCUAAUCACUGCGAAUGUUACAGAUUGUAGCUAUGUGAUCCGAAUGGUUAAUAUUUCCUAUUCCUUACAGUAUAAAAGCCGUAAUGAUAUACAAUUUGUUGGUUCUCUCAGGAGGAGUGUUAUAAAGUUGUUGUACUCUUUAAGUGUAUAUUCACCUACAAGCAUAACUGCUUGGCGUGAUGAGGUACAUCUUUGAUUGGUCGAAGGUCUUUCAACAACACAGCAUCAUCAUUUUAAUAGUAGUCCCCGGCUUAUGACGGGUUCAUAGCGGUAUUAAACAUGUUUUUCUGGGCCCAAACAUUCUACGCUCCUACUAUGCUAUUACUGGUCUCUUGACUAACUCCCAAUCAUCUGUCCAUAUGCAUAUGGUAGUGUUUCUGGACAAAUAGAUGGUAUACGAUGCCCUCAGGCUGAUCUCAGCGAUCUUCAUGCAGGCCUUCUUCUUCUCUUUGUUCUUUACGUUCAGGUGGUUCAUAAAUGUUGGGAGGCUAUAGUUGUAAAUGCCUCGAGCUCCCACUUCUACUGUCUGGAGCUUGCAAGCCCAUCCGUUGGCUUCUAUCUCUUCUGUCAGCUGCUGAUAUCUCUUCAUCUUUCGCUUCUCUUGAUCAGCAAAGUUCUGCUCAUUUCCACAAGUCAGCUCCAUUAGAUAAACCUUCUUUGCUUUAUCUGAAUAGAUCACUACAUCAGGUCUUAGUGGUGUAGCUGCAAUGUGCUGCGGGAAGUUCCUCUGUCUCUCAUCCUCAUCAAAUAUUAUCUUCCAGUCGUUGGCAUCUGAAAAGAAAUAUCUUUGGGUCUUAUAUUAUGAUGAGUUGGGUCAGCUAAGGUAACCUUCUCGCGCUUAUUGCCUGCCUUGUGAAAGACCGACGGUGCCCUCUUCGAUUCCUUGGCGAUGUCGGAAUUAAACUCGUCAAUCUGUGAUGAAACAGUCUUCAUGAUUUCACGUAGGACCUGAUCAUGGCGCCAGUUGAAACGUCCCUGUCUUAGUGCAACCUUGCAGAACGUGAGGAUAUGAUUAAGUGUCCCUUGUUUGCUGCAGAGUUUACAGUUUCCUGAAACGGCUUUAUUCCAAAUAGCCAUCAUCAAAUAUAAUAUUACUAAAUUACUAAUAUUACUAUCUGAAUAGAAUUGAAUCUAAAAAGUCUAUUCUAAAAAAGAUGGAUGUGAGGUCUAAUGGGUGAUAAUGCAGAGUGUGUUGCCGAGUUUGUUUCAAAAACAGCUGCUGACAGCUCAGUUGCCCAAGUCUUGUUGAAGAUCACUGAGAAUUCUGUGGAUGAUGCAGUGCAACUAUUUCAUUCUAUAUCUGAUGAAAAGAGCUACACAUUACCACAGCCGGUGACACGCAUUCCCCACGUGACGAGCACUGCUGGGGGAUCAGCUGACACUCCCCUGAAUGGAGAUGAAAGGCGUCUCAACAGAUAUCACAGAGGAUUCUCCUUCUGCAGUCCAGAAACCUUGCUGACAUCUUUACACGAAAAAAUAAAGAAUGACUUCAAUCAUCUCGUUCCACCUGUAGAUGAAGUGGAGGAAAUAGUGGUACCAAAAGACCUUUUCUACUUGCCUAACCUCUUAUCACUUGAUGCUGAAAUACUUUGUUUCUUUUUUGAUGAUCUGGUGGAUAUACAAACGCUAGAAAGAUUGGAGCACUUUCACCAUCUCAAUUGGUGGGCAGUAAAAGAGCCAAAGAACCGGUUAUAUCCAAUUGUAACACGUGGUGAUGGAAACUGCCUGCUGCAUGCUGCUAGUCUGGGAAUUUAUGGAGUUCAUGAUAAGGAACUCACGCUCAGAGGAUCAGUUCACAGACUUCUACCUCAACUACCAAGUUUACGAAGAAGGUGGCAGCAUGAGAUGGAGCUGAGAUUCAAAGAGUUUGGUUUUGACAUAGAACUAACUGAUGAGCAGUGGUCGAGUGAGUGGGAAGAUAUUCUCAAGAUGUCCUCCCCUGCACCCCUCUCAAAACCUCCUGACAGUUCGACACCUCCGGAAGAAUCAAGUGAUAAUGAUUACUACAGCAUGGACAGUCUCAACAAAGUGAAGUACCGAUCUCUGGAAGAUUUCCACGUGUAUGUUCUAGCUAAUGUGCUCUAUCGCCCUAUCAUUGUGAUAGCUAUGAGUCACCUAUACUCGCAAGAUAACCAGGAUUUGCUGGCUCCAGUCUACUUUGGAGGUGUUUAUCUGCCUCUCGAAAGGGAUCCCGAACUCAGCUUCAAAACUCCUCUCAUCCUCGCGUACGACAGCUCGCACUUCUGUCCUCUGUUGCCAAUGGAAGAAGGAGAUGCGUUUGUGCCCCUAGUUGACUGCAUGUUAGCUGCGCUCCCCGUACGCUUUGCGUAUGAUCCCGAUAUUGACUCACCACAACCUGUUGAAGAACUUCUUAACAAGUAUUUGAUAGUCUGCAAGACGACAAUCCUGACAAAACAGCUGGAGAUAAGAGCUGAGUUUACCCACGUGGACAUAACCUUGCCCACUCACAGACCAGGAUACCAGACCGAGCUUCUUGCUAACUACCUCACUAAAGCUGGACAGAGAUACGAGCAGAACUCCGAAUAUGUGGACAGUAAAAUGUACCUGAUCUGGAAGUACCUAUCAGUUAUCCCUCAGUACCCUAAAUCGGAGCGAGUUUUCAGAUUGUCCAGUGUAACAGGGACUAACGAGGCGGUACGGAAGCGCCUCGCCAGCGAGGAGAGCGCUGUAUCACCUGCCCCACCGGGCAGUCGUAGCACCACUAGUACAUUAAAAAGCACCAAGAGCAAUCAAAGCUCCAAAUCUCUGAAAGUCUUGAAGAAGUGCUUCAACGUUCAUCGUAGAUUUGCCAGUGCGUCCAACAUAGAGAAGCAGCGCUCACAAAACACACUAGACAAGAAGUACUCCUCGGUGGGGGCCUCUAUAUGUUCUCUAAAAGAGAGCCCCACUGCACUGACGGAGCCUCCCCCCUCUCCCCCUCACCACAACCUCACUUACAACCUCAAACAUUCCAUCAAACGGCGCUUCAGCACCAGGGACAAAAAGCGCGAGCGCCCUGACAACGGCGCUGUUAAAGUUCAUCCACCCAAACCUCCCCCUCAAUCGUGUAUCACCGCAUGUUUCGGCGGGCAAACCGGCGAUGUGGACAAUGUUAAGGGUUGAGGUGUAAAAGCUCCUGUUUUUUUCAGUAGCUAGCUCAGCUUUUUAUCCUUUUCAGUUUCAUUCUUGUUCUAGCAACGUGUUUGGACUUUGGUUUUCGAGAGACCCUUUCACACAGAAUUUGCUUUACUCAACCGCUCAAUUAUCAUGAUUAAUACAGAACAAAUUCUUCGAGGCUACUAUUAAUUUAUAACAAAUUACUAUAAUAGAAAUCGUGAUUUUUUGAAAGUUUUAGAUCUUUAUUAUAUAAUUCUAGAACAUGAUUGAUUUGUUUUGAUAACUUGCUUUAUGAAAAUUCUGUGAAUGUGGAAAGACUAUGAAAUUUAUCACGUUGUGUAUUGAUAUAAUAUUACUAUGGUUAAAUUUUUCGAAUGUUCUUCAAGAAUUGGGAUAUUCGUUCUAACGAAGUUUUUUUUUCCAGUAUUAAAUUAGAAUAGCGGCAGGAAUUUUAAGGUUGUUCGGGCAGUCGUAGUAGUACAGUAAAUUUUUGAAGCAAAAAAGUAUUUUUGAUAUGUAAACCACAUUUUGUAUUAUUUUCAAGGAGGCUAAGUCAGUAGUCACUUAACAAUAAUUUAUAAUGCUAUUUUCGUUCACUUCACACACAACACACUAUCAAGAGAAUUUAAAUUAACGAUUUUACCUACUCAGUUUUGGAACUUCCUAGAUAGAAUAAUAGUUAUAUCAUAAAUAUCUUGGAAUUCCAGGGUUAUUAUUCUAUAUAUCCUUGGACACUCACUAAUCAGUGAUCCCACAUUUUCAUGAGUUACCCAGGGUACGACUGCGAAAUUUCGCACUAUAGAAGGAUUUUAUAAGUUUUGCUGUCUGUCAAUCAGUAUUCAGUUUAUUCUGGGCCUGUGUGCCACAGCGAAAUUGAUGUGUCAAUAGUACAAUUUCCAAAGCCAUUUAUUUUACUUGCUGUUUUUAAAAUAUGAUACAUUUUGAGGAUUGCUAAGCAUCGUGUAAUUACAAA